UAGGGCAAAAUCGAAUUACUUUCAAGUAAUAUAAGAUUCCUCAACUGUAUUCUCUCUCCUCAUUGGACACAAUAAGUAGCAGUUGAGAUUUCAUUCUCCUCACCUCACACUUUCAACUUCAACUUCUCAACUCUGUGAACAUGGAGCUCAGGGGUUAUGUGGUCAUUUUUUGUGCGGUUUUGACCGCGGUCAAUGCUCGUAUUCCCGGAGUUUACACCGGAGGCCAGUGGGAGAGUGCUCAUGCCACCUUCUACGGUGGCAAUGAUGCGUCCGGUACCAUGGGAGGAGCAUGUGGGUACGGUAAUUUGUACAGCCAAGGCUAUGGCGUCAACACCGCAGCGCUCAGCACUGCGCUGUUCAACAACGGGCUGAGCUGCGGUGCUUGUUUCGAGUUAAAGUGUGUGAAUGACCCGCAGUGGUGCCAUCCAGGCAGCCCGUCGAUUUUCAUCACGGCCACGAAUUUUUGUCCGCCUAACUUUGCCCAACCGAGUGAUAAUGGCGGGUGGUGCAACCCGCCACGAACCCAUUUCGACCUCGCCAUGCCUAUGUUUCUCAAGAUUGCGCAAUAUCGUGCUGGCAUAGUUCCCGUCUCUUACCGCCGGGUCCCAUGCCGAAAGCAAGGCGGGAUAAGAUUCACCAUCAACGGAUUCCGUUACUUCAACUUGGUUCUCAUAACCAACGUUGCUGGAGCCGGGGACAUAACGCAAGCGUGGGUGAAAGGUUCAAGGACCGAAUGGAUGAGUCUUAGCCGCAACUGGGGUCAAAACUGGCAAUCAAAUGCGGUACUCGUUGGUCAAUCACUUUCUUUUAGAGUCAGAGGCAGUGAUCGUCGCACUUCCACCUCAUGGAACAUCGUCCCUGCUGACUGGAAAUUCGGUCAAACCUUCACCGGGAAAAAUUUUCGAGUUUAACCACUACAUUAAAAUAUAAAGUGUGGCUUGAUCUUUACUAAUAAAGAUUUUUGUGUCUUAGGUCUAGGUGUCAAUUUAAAUUCAAAAUCAGGUUUUGACUUUUGACUUAAGAAAGUCAAAAGAAAGAGAUAGGAUUGAGAGGUUUGUUUGAGGGGUAUUUUUGACAUUUGAGAAAUGCUUGUAAGAGGAGCUGAAGAUGAGUUUUAACUCAUUUCGGCCCACAGCUUUCUGUUUCUUGUAUCUUUUAUUAUUGUUACAACUAUCAAUUAUAAAAAUACACUUAUCUAUUA